UUCCCCUUCUUUCUCAUUCAUUUUCCUCCCCUUUUCUCUACAUGUUCAUCAAUUUUCUUCACCUACUCUAAGUUCUAGUAUUCCAUUAGACGCCUUCGACUUCCGCAUCAAACGUGUCUCGUAACGAACGUUGUCUUCAACGCUUGUCUCGAACAUAUUUGAUACCGGACGUUUUCUUCAGCUACUCGCGAACGUGUCUCGUUAAAGGUGUUAUUACCUAUCGCAAACGUGUCUCGUUAAGUCUUGAAUUCGUAUCUCGUAAUACGCAUUGUCUUCAGCUCCUGCCUCGAACGUGUAUAAGAUUUGUAUUCUUUAAAAUUAAGGUACAAUUGACCAUGAGUCCUACAAUUGCAAUGACGGGGGCAAUUGAUGAUGAUGUUGCCCUAGAUAUUCAAUACCAAAAGGGAGUGAAGAGACUAUGUGAAAAGGGCAUUACUAAAGUGCCUAACAAGUACAUAUUGCCCAUCCAGGACCGACCAAUUACUACUACACAAGCUGCUGAAUCUAUUGAUCAACCCAACGAAAAUCUUAAGCUACCUAUCAUUGAUUUUGCUGAGUUGCAAGGGGAAAAUAGGUCUCAAGUCCUUAAAUCCCUUGCUGAUGCUUGCGAGCAAUAUGGGUUUUUUCAGUUGGUAAAUCAUGGAAUUCCUGAUGAUGUGAUUAGCGGAAUGGUGGAUUUGUCUAAGAGAUUUUUCGAGCUUCCUUACGAAGAAAGAUCGAAUUAUAUGUCAUCGGACAUGAAAGCUUUAGUUAGAUAUGGAACAAGCUUUAACCAAAUCAAAGAUAAUGUGUUUUGUUGGAGAGAUUUCCUGAAAUUAAUGUGCAAUCCCUUGCCAGAUGUUCUUCCUCAUUGGCCUUCUUCUCCCCCGGACUUCAGGGAUGUGGCGGCUACCUACGCAAAAGAAUCCAAACACUUAUUUCUAAUGGUAAUGGAAGCUAUUUUGGAAAGCUUGGGAAGCAAGAAAUGUGAAGAAGAUGAAAUAAUUAUGAAGGAUUUUGAAAAGGGUAGUCAAUUAAUGGUAUUAAAUCACUACCCAAAAUGCCCUCAGCCUGAACUUACAUUGGGAAUGCCACCUCAUUCUGAUUAUGGCGCCCUGACUCUUCUUCUCCAAGAUGAAGUUGAAGGUCUGCAGAUUUGUUAUGAGGGUAAAUGGGUCACUGUUGAUCCCAUCCCUAAUGCUUUUGUUAUCAAUGUUGGUGAUCAUCUUGAGAUAUUUAGCAAUGGGAAGUACAAAAGUGUGCUGCAUAGAGUUAAAGUAAACUCAGCAAUGUCUCGGACUUCGGUGGCAUCUUUGCAUACUUUUCCAUUGAUGCGUAUGGUAAAGCCUUGGCCAAAACUCAUUGAUGAAGCCAAUCCAGAGUGCUACCAAGAAACUAAUUUUGCAAAUUUUCUUGACUAUAUAUCAUCUCGAGAACCCAAAAAUAAGGAAUUUUUGGAGUCAAGAAAAAUAGUUUCAAGAAAUUCCAAUCCAUGAUGUAUGUAAUUGUAACAUCAAUCAUGUAGCAAUCUUAAAUUGUCGACAGUGUAUUUUAUUUUAUUUUAUUUUUAAAAUUAAUUUUGUAGAUAUGGAGAGUGUGUUUUAAUAAUACAUCUCGACAUAUAUUAUUUCAUAGAGCAAAUAUAAAUGAGAAGCAUUUAGUUUUUUUUUU